AUGGUGCAGCCGGAUGGUUACAAGAAUAAAAAGCACCCAGAUCAUGUUUUUCAUCUCAAGCGCUCGUUGUAUGGUUUGAAGCAAUCACCUCGAAUGUGGAACCAGACAAUCGAUAAGUUUAUGCUCGAGCUGGGGCUCAAGAAGUAUGAGGCCGACCACUGCAUCUACGUCAAAAGAAAUGACAAUGACAUGAUCUUCGUGGCUCUUUACGCUGAUGACUUGAUGAUUGCAAGCAACAAUAAUGAGUUACUCAAGUCAACAAAGAACGCUCUCAGCGAGCGUUUUGAUAUGACGGAUUUGGGCCGACUCAAGUAUUUUUUUGGCAUCGAGAUUGAACAAGACGAGCCUACUGGAAGUAUUUCGAUGCGUCAGACCAAGUUUGCAGAUGAUAUUUUGAAGGAGUUCAGCAUGGAAAACAGCAAUUCGGUCAAGACUCCCCAAGAUACAGGACUCAAAUUGACCAAGGCUAUGUGUGAAGGCGGCUGCAAGCACGAAGAGACGAUGAUCAAUGUACCAUAUCGCAAUGCUGUUGGGUGCCUCAUGUACUUGAUGGUUGGGAUAAGGCCGGACCUCGUCGCUGCUGUGGGAGUUCUUGGCCAAUUUGCGACAGAUCCGUGUCCUACACAUUGGCAAGCACUCAAGCGUGUGUUUCGUUACAUUCAAGGCACCAAGACUUUCGGUAUCAAAUUUCAGGCAACAAGUAAAAAAGGGCUUCAAGGCUAUUCGAAUGCGGAGUGGGCUGGUGAUAUGGAGACUCGACGCAGUACAAGUGGCUACGCGUUUAUGAUGAACAGUGAAUGCUCAAGCUGGAAAAGCAUAAAACAACGCACGGUAGCGCUGUCAUCAACAGAAGUGGAGUACAUGGCGUUAACAGAGGCAACACAAGAAGCGAUUUGGCUCAAGACGUUCCUAUGCGAGCUUGGCGAGAUGAGACGAGGAUCCGGUCAAGAUUUUUGA